AUGGAAUCUCAAACCUCGUUUGCUACGGUUUCUAUACCUGUAUUUGAUGGACAAAACUAUCAAAUGUGGGCUGUCAAAAUGGAAGCAUAUCUAGAUGUUAACGAUGUAUGGGAAGCGGUAGAACAAUACUACGAGGUGACUCCCUUGCCAGAUAAUCCUACAAUUGCUCAAAUGAAAAAUCACAAAGAAAGCAAGCUUCGAAAGUCCAAAGCCAAAUCAAUUUUAUUCGCAGUUGUAUCUCCAGUUAUUUUCAACAGAAUAAUGACCUUGAAAACAACACAUGAAAUCUGGAAGUUUUUGAAGGAAGAGUAUGAAGGCAAUGAGAGAGUCAAAGGAAUGCAAGCUUUGAAUCUGGUUCGAGAACUUGAGAUGCAGAAGAUGAAAGAUUCAGAGACAAUAAAAGAUUAUGCGGACAAGCUUCUCAGCAUUGAAAACAAAAUACGUCUUCUAGGCACUGAGAUUCCUAACUCUGGAAUUGUUCAAAAAAUACUUGUAACAAUUCCAUAA